GCCAUCAGCUUACCUUAUCCUUUUUGGUCUGGUGUUUUUCCUCAAACAGUGGAAACAUCUUUCUUUCAAGUUGCUUUUGUUGAAGAGUUAAGCAAAUGGCUGAUAGCAGCUGUGGUAAAAAAUCCACAAAAUGCCCCAAUUGUUCAUCUGCUUCUCAGAAAAAUGUACUUUGUGCAUGUUCUUGUAAAACAAAGCUUUCUCCAGUGUCAGUGGUGGAAAUGUCACAGACAUCAAGCGUUGGUAGUUCAGAAUUUAUAGUUUCACCAGAGAGAAAAAAAGAAAGAGAAGCCAGCAAAGAUAUUACCUAUGGAAAAGAUUUGCCCUCAAAAACCUCAAAUAUAGAGAGAAAAUCAUCUCAACAACAGUGGGGUCGAGGCAGCUUUACAGAAGGAAAAGUUCCUCACAUAAGGAUGGACGAUGGAGCUGCUAUUCAGGAAAUCUAUACCUUUGGAAGAAUAUUGGGACGAGGGAGCUUUGGAAUGGUCAUUGAAGCUAUUGACAAGGAGACAGAAACUAAGUGGGCAAUUAAAAAAGUGAGCAAAGAAAAGGCUGGAAGCUCUGCUGUGAAGUUGCUUGAACGGGAAGUGGCCAUCCUAAAAAGUGUGAAACACGAACACAUUAUACAUCUGAAACAAGUAUUUGAGACGCCUAAGAAAAUGUACCUUGUGAUGGAGCUUUGUGAAGAUGGAGAACUUAGAGAAAUUCUGGAUAGGAAAGGUCAUUUCUCAGAGAAUGAGACCAGGUGGAUCAUUCGAAGUCUCGCCUCGGCUAUAGCCUAUCUUCACAAUAAGGAUAUAGUACAUAGAGAUCUAAAACUGGAAAACAUAAUGGUUAAAAGCAGCUUUAUUGAUGCUAACGAUGAAAUGAACUUAAACAUAAAGGUGACUGAUUUUGGUUUAGCGGUGAAGAAGCAAGGAAGGAGUGAAGCCAUGCUGCAGACCACAUGUGGGACACCUAUCUAUAUGGCCCCUGAAGUUAUCAAUGCCCACGACUAUAGCCAGCAGUGUGACAUUUGGAGCAUAGGUGUCAUAAUGUACAUUUUAUUAUGUGGAGAAGCACCCUUUAUGGCAAGCUCAGAAGAGAAGCUUUUUGAGUUAAUAAGAAAGGGAGAGCUACAUUUUAAAAAUUCAGUCUGGGAUUCCAUAAGUGAUUCUGCUAAAAGUGUUUUGAAACAACUUAUGAAAGUAGAUCCUGCUCAUAGAAUCACAGCUAAGGAACUACUAGAUAACCAGUGGUUAACAGGCAAUAUACUUUCUUCAGCGAGACCAACCAAUGUGUUAGAAAUGAUGAAAGAAUGGAAAAAUAACCCAGGAAGUGAUGAGGAAAGUACAACAGACCAAAAGAACAACUGGUCCGGUCAAGAAAAGUUGAAAGGUUACCAACCCAGCAGAAGUGUCCAUGUCAGUAACUCUUCAGAUGAAAAGGAAGGAAAACAGCCCACUGCUUAUGAAAAGACUUCUGUGCCCAGUAAGAAGGAAAACAUGGAAGACUUGGACAUGAGUUACUCAAGUUACAUAUCUAGCAGACUCCCUUCAGUUGAACUCAAGGGAGAAAUAGAGAAACCCCCCACGACUUCAAGCCAAGGAACAGCAACCAAAGGCACUGCUAAAUCCAUUGCCCUGCCUAGAACCAAAAAGAAACUCUAACAACGCUGAACAGUACAGAAACAGAGCUGCUCUUUCUAGUGCAAUGAGGGUUUAGGAGGGGAAAAGGACAAUAGUAUGCCGAGCUUUCAGCGUUUCAGCUGCUCUGAGCCCUGCCCAAGUGUUUGCACCAGUUUUAAAAUGGAAGCAGUCAACUCCAAAGUGGGGUUAAAGGACGGCCAGCAACAGGCUUGAUGGCUUGUGCAGCUGAAAUGAACUCAAGGUGUUUUCGAGAGUUGUUCAGAGGAGUGGAUGCCCUCAAAGCAAGGCUGUGGGCACACUAGCCCAGUUGUACUUCAAAUUCUUACAUUUCGGCACAAUUCUUUAUAGGGGAAACUGAGAGCCAGAUAUGGUAAUGGAGGUUCCAAAUGAUUAUGUGCACUUUGCACUAGAAGAUUUGUUAGGAAAUUACUAAUAAACUUGUCUAUAAGCGUUAACAGCAGAAGUGCUUCAGCCAUUCACGUGUGUUCUUGUGAUUUUAGGUUGCUGUGGAUUGUUUAAGACAGCUUAUUUUAAAUGUAGAAAAAUAGAUUUUGUAGCUGUUUGCCAUUAACAUGCUGCUAAAUUCCCAAUGUAUUGAUCGAAUCAAUAAAAAACCAGA